AUGUCGCUCAUUUCCUCCUUAUGCGUAAGCAAAGACCCACCCCCCCCAAAAUCUUCACUUGACGAAGCAGAUAUCACACCUGAAGUGUCGGCUUCAUGGCUGAGUCUUCUUUGGUUUGGGUGGAUGACGCCUUUGCUGUCUUUGGGUCACAUGCGACCUCUCGAGGCCACUGAUUUGUACAAGCUUCCACAUGAGCGUACGGCAGCUCAAAUAGCAGACAAGAUACUAGCAUCGUUCGACGAGCGAUGUAAAAGGGCUGACGAGUACAACGUACGGCUUACCCGCGGAGACAUAGGUCCUGGCUUGAAAGGUUUAUGGUGGUCAGCGACAGGCAACCGAGUGGAACGGGAAAGACAGUGGAGGGAAAACGAUGGCAAGCGUCAAGCAAGCCUAGUUUUAGCAAUCAAUGACAGUAUCAAGUGGUGGUUUUGGUCAGCUGGAAUCCUAAAAGUUAUGGGAGAUACUGCACAAGUGACAAGCCCGCUUGUUGCUAUCGUUAUUUUUGCCACAGAGUCCUAUGUCAGUCACUUUACUGGCGCACCGGUGCCCUCUAUCGGAGUGGGUAUCGGCUUGUCAUUCGUUCUCCUGGCUUUGCAAGUUGUCAACUCGUGGUGUACCCAUCACUUUUACUAUCGCAGCAUGUCAAGCGGGGUUUUAGUUCGCGGAGGGCUCAUUGCAGCUAUCUACUCGCGGUCCCUUCGUCUAUCUGGUCGAGCUCGUUCCACCCUCAGCAAUGGGAAACUUGUGAACCAUAUCUCUACAGAUGUGUCUCGAAUUGACUUCUGCCUCGGCUAUUUUCACAUGUCCUGGAGUGCACCCAUCCAACUUGUUAUUUGCCUCAUAUUAUUGCUCGUGAACCUGGGUCCUAGUGCACUGGCUGGCUUUGCGGUGUUCGUUGUGGUUACUCCUUUGCAGAGUAUCUUCAUGACUCGGUUAUUCACGUUGAGACGAAGCAGUAUGCAAUGGACUGAUAAACGUUCGAAGCUUCUUCAAGAACUGUUAAGUGGUAUCAAAGUCAUUAAAUUCUUUGCUUGGGAGAUCCCAUUCCUCAAACGUGUAUCUUCCUUCCGACGAGAAGAAAUGGGGUACAUCCGGUCCCUACUUAUCGUUCGAGCAGGACUGAGUGCCAUGGCUAUGUCGUUGCCUGUCCUGUCCUCUGUCGUGGCAUUUAUUACCUACUCGUUGGCAGGUCAUACACUUAAUGCAGCUAUCAUUUUUUCUUCGCUCGCGCUGUUUCAGCUGAUUAUGAUACCAUUGAUGUUUCUACCAAUGUCGUUGAGUACCAUCACUGACGCCCAUAAUGCUGUCAUCCGUCUUCGGGGCGUCUUCGAGGCUGAAAUGUUGGAUGAGACUGUGGUAAUCGAUAACGACUUGGACGUUGCUAUCAGAGUACAAGGCGCUAGCUUUUCCUGGGACAGCUCUCCCAAGCCUGGAGAACGAGGACAGCCUAAAGGUUCUAACCUGGAGGGGGAAAGCAAAACCCCUGCUCCCACAGCAGAUGAAAACAACGAUGACGAAGAGAAAAUAUUCAAGUUGACCGAUAUUGACUUCUCAAUCCCGCGUGGACAAUUGUGUGCCAUUGUUGGUGCAGUUGGAGCGGGUAAAACGUCCUUGCUGCAAGGUCUCGUCGGUGAGAUGCGUCCAACAGCUGGCUCUGUUGCGUUUGGUGGCACCAUUGGAUACUGCGCUCAAACUGCUUGGAUUCAGAAUACCACGAUUCGUGAGAACAUUUGCUUUGGGAGGCCAUUCGAGGAACAGAGAUACUGGAAAGCCAUACGCGAUGCCUGCUUGGAACCUGAUUUGGAGAUGCUACCUAAUGGUGAUCUCACAGAAGUUGGCGAAAAGGGUAUUUCACUUUCUGGCGGACAAAAACAACGAAUCAACAUCUGUCGUUCUAUCUAUUGCGACACUGAUAUACAGAUUUUUGAUGAUCCCUUGUCGGCUCUCGACGCCCACGUUGGAAAAGACGUGUUCCAGAAUGUUCUUAAGGGAAAUCUAGAAGGGAAAACCCGUGUUCUCGUAACGCACGCUCUUCAUUUUCUCCCCCAAGUGGAUUACAUAUACACUCUACUUGAUGGCCGUAUCGCAGAACGAGGCACAUAUUCCGAGCUCAUGGCAAAUGAUGGCGCUUUCUCCAAGUUUGUCUGUGAGUUUGGAUCAAGCGACAAGUCCGACGAUAGCGGUUCAAAUAACCAGGAAAAAGUAGAAGGUAGGAAAGCGAAAGGUCUUGAAAAUGCAGUUCCAGGCAAAGCGAUAAUGAAGGAAGAAGAAAGGAAUACAGGUGCUAUUGGUAGUGCUAUCUACGGAGAGUUCUUCCGAGCGGGGAACGGACUCAUAAUCGCCCCUCUAUUACUUAUUUCUGUGAUUCUGAUGGAAGGCUGUAGUGUUAUGUCGUCAUAUUGGCUUGUUUACUGGCAAGAAAGGAAAUGGCCACAAUCCCAGGGUUUCUACAUGGGCAUAUAUGCUGGCAUCGGUAUUUCUCAAGCCUUGAGUAGCUUUUUAAUGGGAACUACGUUUGCUUUUUUUGUCAUUUACGCUUCACAAGCACUCCAUGGUGUGACUAUAAAACGCGUAUUGUAUGCACCGAUGAGCUUUUUUGAGACGACACCACUGGGGCGCAUUAUGAACCGAUUCACCAAAGACAUGGACACACUUGACAAUAUGCUCGGAGACUCUAUGCGACUGCUGGUUGCCACAGGCUCUUCAGCCCUAGGUUCUAUCAUAUUAAUAUCUGUCAUUGUGCCGUGGUUCCUCAUUGCGGUCGCUGCCGUUUCUGUAUGUUACUUCUACGCCGCGCUGUUCUACCGUUCCAGUGCUAGGGAGCUCAAGAUUGCUUGUUUGUCUAAUCUAAUUCUCUUAGACGCUAUCCUGCGGUCGUCAUUAUAUUCUCACUUCUCUGAAUCGCUCUCUGGUUUGACCACCAUCAGAGCAUAUGGCGAAAUUGCUCGUUUCCAAGCGGAGAAUGAGAAACGCGUGGACAUCGAGAAUCGUGCAUAUUGGCUUACAGUGGCAAACCAGGCAAGUGGGAUUAUGUUCAUUGGACGAACUAGCUGCCAACACUUUUUCCAGAGAUGGCUCGGCAUGCGACUUGACUUCCUUGGUACUGUGCUGACUUUCGUCGUUGCAUUAAUAACGGUAGCUACGCGGUUCAGUAUCUCUCCCGCCCAGACUGGCGUGAUAUUAUCAUUUAUUCUGUCAGUCCAACAAACAUUCAGUAUCAUGGUUCGCCAAACUGCAGAAGUAGAGAACGAUAUGAAUGCAGUAGAGCGUAUCGUACACUAUGCUAACCAAGCAGAGCAAGAGCCUCCCCAUCAGCUUGACGCAUGCACUUUAUCUACUCCAUGGCCUUCGGAAGGACAAGUAGAGAUGAAGGAUGUUGUUUUGAAGUAUCGUCCUGAACUUCCUCCGGUUCUGAAGGGCCUUUCAAUGUCGAUAAAACCUGGAGAGAAGAUAGGGAUUGUUGGCCGCACGGGUGCUGGCAAAUCGUCAAUCAUGACGGCCCUUUUUCGCAUCGUGGAACUAGAAUCUGGUUGUAUAUCGAUCGACGGCGUUGAUAUAUCUUCUGUGGGUCUGAUGAAAUUACGGAGUGGGCUUUCUAUCAUUCCUCAGGAAGCUGUGAUUUCCGGUACACUGAGGUCGAAUCUAGAUCCUUUCGAGUUGUACGACGAUGCCAAGCUCUGGGAUGCAUUGAAGCGAUCAUAUCUCGUUGAACCGUCGAAGGAAUCACUGCCUGAAGACACAUUGGACGAAAAAGCACCAGUUGCUCGGUUCAACCUAGACAGCCCCAUCGACGAGGAAGGUAACAAUCUUUCGGUUGGACAACGAUCCUUAGUCUCGUUAGCGCGGGCUUUGGUGAAUGACACGAAAGUGCUCAUUUUAGACGAAGCAACGGCGUCUGUUGACUAUGAAACCGAUCGCAAAAUUCAAGAAACUAUUAUGACGGAAUUCAAGGAUAGGACGAUAUUAUGCAUUGCUCAUCGUCUACGUACUAUCAUAUCAUACGACAGAAUAUGUGUGCUUGAUGGCGGCCGCAUCGCUGAAUUCGACACGCCAAGCACACUAUAUUCCAUACCUAAUAGCAUAUUUAGAGAAAUGUGCGAUCACUCUUCCAUCUCUUUGGACGAUAUUAUGUUUGGGUCCAAAAGGAUGGAAGUUGAAUGA